UGACUCAGUAGACUGGCAACAGUUGAGAACAUCCUACAGCAUACCAAUCAUUCUUGCCGUUCUUUGUUUCAGAGCCUGAAUUAAAUGAACUCCUUGUUGUAGUCUCUUGACUCCAGACAGCGAACAGUCAUAUAAAUGGGAUCACAGCUGGUUUCAAAGUUUAAAUUGUGUAUUACAGGGUAGCGUAAGUGUUUGGUUUAUAUUUCAGUGCCUUCACUGUAAGUAGUCUGUACUUUGAAGCACAGACGGUUCAAUUUGUAGAGCUGUUUGAUGCAGCUGGGGCGUGAGAGGAACCUAAAAGGAAAAGGUUAGGUUAAGAGGGAUGAAAGAACUAAAGAAACUUUGCCAGUUCUUAUUAUUUAUCUCAGUCUUUCAAAAAUUGUGUAAGAAAGUACAGUUAGAUAAGCUGGCUGCUAUAAUCUUAUCCUUUUCAAAAAAUUACUUCUUAAGCACUAAAUAAAAAAAAUCAAACCCAUUGCCAUCAAGGCAAUUCCAACUCAUAGUGACCCUAUAGGACAGAGUAGGACUGUCCCAUAGGGCUUCUAAGGAGCGCCUGGUAGAUUUGAGCUGCUGACCUUUGGGCUAGCAGCUAUAGCUCUUAACCACUAUGCCACCAGGGCUUGAAAAAACACACAAAAACCAAACACAUUGCCAUGGAGAUGAUUCCAACUCAUGGCAACCGCAUGUGUUACAGGUUUGAACUGCUCCAUAGGGCUUUCUUGGUUGUAAUCUUUAUGAAAGGAGCCCUGAUGGCACAAUCAUUAAGCGCUUGGCUGCUAACUGAAAAGAGGGCGAUUUGAACUCACCCAGCGGCUCUGCAGGAGAAAAGACCUGUUGAUCUGCUCCUGUAAAGAUUACAGCCUAGGACAUUCUACGGUGCAGUUCUACUCUGUCAUUUAGGGCUGCUAUGAGUUGGGAUUGAUUCAAUGGCACACAAGAACAACAACACAAUAUUUAUGAAAGCAGAUCACCAGGCCUUUCUUUGAUGCCACUGGGUGGGUUCGAACUGCCAACUUUGGGUUAAUAUUCAAGUGAAAACCAUUUGCGACACCCAAGGACCUUCAAUUCCUAGACCUAUUUCUAGUCUUGAAAAGAAUAAAAUUCUUACUAAAUAAAAUAAGAUGAACAUACCCAGAGCAUAAAAAGUAAAAAUAACAUUCAUUAGGCUUAUAGCAUACUAAAAAAGAAAAAAAAAAAAACCAUUGUAGUUGAGUCAAUUCCAACUCAUAGCAACCCUAUAGGACAGAGCAGAACUGCCCCAUACAUUUCCAAGGCAGUAAUCUUUACAGAAGCAGACUAUCACAUCUUUCUCCCCUGGAGCGGCUAGUGGUUUUGAGCCACCAAACUUUUGGUUAACAGUCGAGCGUUUACCCACUGUGCCACCAGGGCUCCUUUCAUAGUAUGCAGUCAAGUCAAAUUGUGGGUUUAGUGAAAGGGUUGGUACAUACUUGGAAUGUAAGAUCAGGGAGAGGAAAAUGGAAAUUGUAUGCCUGGACUUAAAAGGUGAGGGAAAGAAGGCAGCUGUGAACGUUAAAGUCCGAUCUGAAUCACAGUUCUGAGUGUAUUUGACCUAGUAGAAUGUGGUUACUAUAAUUGGUCAUCUCUCUUGACUGAUUGGAUUGGACUCUGUGAGUCAGUCAAAAUGAGAUGUUUGGCACUUAUCUACAUGGCAGCAAAUGACUUAGUAGAUAACAGUAAGCCUCCUUUCUGGGAAGCUGGCUUUUAAGUGAGUGUGGUAGUGAGGCAGUACAGAAUGGUAGCAAUUCGUCUUUCAUCUCAGGACCUUAAAAUUGUAGCCCUAAAUACUAAGAAAUUAAAAAUAAAUACCUUGUCCUGAAGUUCAAGCCAAAAUCAAAGGAAAGGAAGUAAAGGAAGAAAAGAGAAAACAAAUUUAGAGAAGAUCCUUUGAGGGUGAACUCCUUUCUGCUGAGCAGAAGCAGUAAGUGAAGCAGCGCCAUUCACAGGCAUCUAGGUGAGAAAAAGUCAAACCGCAAGUCUCAGUUCGAAGGGAGGCUUCUGUGAGAACACCUCUGAUCUCUGUCUUGCUUCCUCCCCGGCUUACCUUCCGCAAAGAAAAUUCUUCAGGUUUGAAAUGUGAGGAGAUUCAACAUAAAAUUAGCAAGUUAACAUUUUAAGAAUGUUAUAUUCUUGAAAUUGUUUCCCAUUGUUUGAUGAGGCAUUUAUAAGCCAUUCAUCUAAGGGACGAAGACAUGCAAAGUUUGGCUAGUUUGAUGAGCAUGAAGCAGGCUGACAUUGGCAAUUUAGAUGACUUUGAAGAAGAUAAUGAAGAAGAUGAUGAAAACCGAGUGAACCAAGAGGAAAAGGCAGCAAAAAUUACGGAGCUUAUCAACAAACUUAACUUUUUGGAUGAAGCAGAAAAGGACUUGGCCACUGUGAAUUCAAAUCCAUUUGGUGACCCUGACGUAGAAGAAUUGAAUCCAUUUGGAGAUCCUGAUUCAGAAGAACCAGUCACUGAAACAGCUUCACCUAAAAAACCAGAAGAAUCUUUUUAUGAUAACAGCUAUAAUCCCUUUAAAGAGAUACAGACUCCACAGUCUUUGAACCCAUUUGAUGAGCCAGAAACCUUUGUAACUAUAAAGGAUUCUCCUCCCCUGUCUACAAAAAGAAAAAAUAUAAGGCCUGUGGACAUGAGCAAGUACCUCUAUGCUGAUAGCUCCAAAACUGAAGAAGAAGAGUUAGAUGAGUCAAAUCCUUUUUAUGAACCUAAAUCAACUCCUCCUCCAAGUAAUUCUGUAAAUCCAACUCAAGAACUGGAAACUGAAAGGAGAGUGAAAAGAAAGGCCCCAGCCCCACCUGUCAUCUCACCAAAGCUGGGAGGGAUCAGUGAAAACACAGUUGUUUCUGCAGGAAGAGAUCUCUCAACUUCUCCUAAGCCAAGUCCUAUACCAAGUCCUGUUUUGGGGCGAAAGCCAAAUGCUAGUCAGUCACUGCUUGCGUGGUGCAAAGAAGUUACAAAAAACUACCGGGGAGUAAAAAUCACCAACUUUACGACAUCGUGGAGAAAUGGUUUAUCUUUUUGUGCAAUAUUACACCACUUCAGACCAGAUUUAAUUGACUACAAGUCUCUGAAUCCUCAAGAUAUUAAAGAGAACAACAAAAAGGCAUACGAUGGAUUUGCCAGCAUAGGAAUUUCCCGAUUAUUGGAGCCUUCUGAUAUGGUUUUAUUAGCGAUUCCUGACAAACUGACUGUUAUGACUUAUCUCUAUCAAAUAAGGGCACAUUUCAGCGGCCAAGAACUAAACGUAGUUCAGAUAGAAGAAAAUAGCAGUAAAAGCACAUAUAAAGUUGGAAACUAUGAAACAGAUACAAACAGCUCUGUUGAUCAGGAAAAGUUCUAUGCAGAGCUUAGCGAUCUGAAGCGAGAGCCUGAACAGCAGCCUACUGGCGGGGCAGUAGACUUCUUAGCUCAGGAUGACUCCGUAUUUGUAAAUGAUAGUGGGGUUGGAGAGUCAGAAAGUGAGCAUCAGACUCCUGAUGAUCACCUUAGUCCAAGCACAGCCUCCCCUUACUGUCGCAGGACUAAAAGUGACACAGAAUCCCAGAAGUCCCAGCAGAGCUCUGGGAGGACUUCAGAACCCGAUGACCCUGGAAUGUGUUCCAGUACAGAUUCAACCCAAGCACAGGUUUUGUUUGGCAAGAAGAAACUAUUGAAAGCUGAGUUGUUAGACUUAAGUGACUUAUAUGUCAGUGACAAGAAGAAGGAUGUGUCUGCACCCUUAACUGGUGAGGAGACAGAUGAGCAAAAGCUGCAGACUCCAGAAGUUAAUAGUAACUUGGAGCAAGAAAAAUUGGAGAAUUCCAGACCCUCAGAAUGCAGAUCAGGUCCUGAAUCACCUAUCAGAAAACCAAGUUUAUCUCCCACUUCUAAACUUGGGUACUCAUACAGUAGAGAUGCAGACCUGGCGAAGAAAAAACGUACGUCCCUGAGGCAGACAGAGUCUGAUCCAGAUGCCGAUAGAGCCACUGUGAAUCAUGCGGAUCAUGCCACGAAGUCAGUCCAGCACCGAAUGUUAUCCAGACAAGAAGAACUUAAGGAAAGAGCAAGAAUUCUGCUUGAACAAGCAAGAAGAGAUGCUGCUUUGAAGGCAGGGAAUAAACAGAAUACCAACGCAGCCACGCCGCUCAGCACCAGGCAGCUAAGUGAUCAGCAAGAUGAAGAGCGACGUCGGCAGCUGAGAGAGAGAGCUCGUCAGCUAAUAGCAGAAGCUCGAUCUGGAGUGAAGAUGUCAGAACUUCCCAGCUAUGGUGAAAUGGCUGCAGAAAAGUUGAAAGAAAGGUCAAAGGCAUCUGGAGAUGAAAAUGAUAAUAUUGAGAUAGAUGCUAACGAGGAGAUUCCUGAAGGCUUUGUUGUAGGAGGUGGAGAUGAACUUACUAACUUAGAAAAUGACCUUGAUACUCCGGAACAAAACACUAAGUUGGCGGACUUGAAGCUGAAGAAGCUCCUAGAAGCUCAGCCACAGGUGGCAAAUUCUCUCUCCAGUGCUGCCCAGAAUGCUGUAGCCGAGAGCUCAGAGCAAGACAUUAAGAAUGGCACAGAAGAUCUCCGGGCUGAGCGAUUACAAAAAGCAACAGAACGUUUUAGAAAUCCUGUUGUAUUCAGCAAGGAUUCUACAGUCAGAAAAACUCAACUUCAGUCUUUCAGUCAAUAUGUUGAGCAUAGACCAGAGAUGAAAAGGCAGAGAUCAAUACAGGAAGAUACAAAGAAAGGAAAUGAGGAGAAGGCAGCGAUAACUGAAACUCAGAGGAAGCCAUCAGAAGAUGAAGUGCUUAAUAAAGGGUUCAAAGACACCAGUCAGUAUGUUGUAGGAGAAUUGGCAGCACUAGAGAAUGAGCAAAAGCAAAUUGACACCCGUGCCGCGCUGGUGGAGAAGCGCCUUCGCUAUCUCAUGGACACAGGAAGGAACACAGAAGAAGAAGAAGCCAUGAUGCAGGAAUGGUUUAUGUUAGUUAAUAAAAAAAAUGCCUUAAUAAGGAGAAUGAACCAGCUCUCUCUUCUGGAAAAAGAACAUGACUUAGAACGACGGUAUGAGCUGCUGAACCGGGAAUUGCGUGCAAUGCUAGCCAUCGAAGACUGGCAGAAGACCGAGGCCCAGAAGCGACGCGAGCAGCUCCUGCUGGAUGAGCUGGUGGCCCUGGUGAACAAGCGCGACGCGCUCGUCCGGGACCUGGAUGCCCAGGAGAAGCAGGCCGAAGAAGAAGACGAACAUUUGGAGCGAACUCUAGAGCAAAACAAAGGCAAGAUGGCCAAGAAAGAAGAGAAAUGUGUUCUUCAGUAGGGCCAGACCGGGACCUCUAGCAACAUUUUAGUGUCUUUGGUCCCCAGACCAGAAAAAGUCAAACUCAUUGUUGAUUUAAAACUUUUAACAUUUUGUUUGGCUGGAUUGUACUUCUUUACCGCUGCAACCCUUCCCCCCGCCCCUUUCCAGAUAAUACACAGAACUCCAAAAUAGCUCUGAUCCCGGAUUUGUUUGUGAGUUAAGCAUUUCCUUGAAAUCAUGUGAAACUGAUUUGCACUGACACCUUGUAAGUGAAUGGUAUUGGGGGUGUUCAAAAAACUAUUCAAAGAAGGAAAAAUACUGUUUCCGUCAUUAUUUCCCCUCAUUUUUUGAUGGAAGGGAAAUUUGAAAACAUUUUUGUUAUUGUUGUUGUUAAUAGCAUAAUGACGGUGGGAGGGGGGUAAGAGGGGGAUAAGAAAAAUGUCAUCAAUGAUUUUUUUCCAGUUCUGCCAUAUGUAACACUUACUCUGCUACCUAAAUUUUAUAGUUAGAUCAUACUCAAUCUACUUAUUAAACCAUGUCUGUUUACCAGUGGGGUUUUCUGCAGUUGUUUUGCAUUUCACUAUAAGGGUGAUAGAGUUCUCCUCCUCAGCUUGCCUCAGAGGACAGUCCUUUAACAUAGCCUGAGACAACCUGUGAUUUGAACUUGAGCUGUGAGGAUGGGACUAAUUGACAUGCAUCAGUUUACAAAGACAGUCUUAUCAUCCGAGAAUGCGCCAUCUUUUUCUCUGGAUAAUUAUUUAUUACAUCUAGCUUGGUUCCUACAUUUUAUUGCGUCUCACAUUGGCUCAAGAAUGCUGUUAAUAUUUAUUCUGUGUUGAUAGAAGUCUGUCUUGCCACUAUGAGUAAAUCCCCCAGUUAAUAUUUUCUUCUCUAUCAUAGCAAUGUCAUUUUUUUGUGUGAAAAUGGUUAUCUGUUUAUUUAUUACUGAGUCAUAUAUAAAUUUUCAAUAAAAGCAGAAACUUUCUUACCUUAAACACUGUUGCUACUUUCUUGCAAUGAAAACGUGAC